AUGCCACUCAUCUUCCUCUUUUACUGCUUUGACCAUGUAUCUCCACUUCUUCAUUCCCUUCAGCAGCUGUCACACUCCUUCCAUCACUCCUUCCAUGGGUGCUUUGAGUGCUGCAUCAAGUGCUUGGGGGGUAUUCCCUAUGCCUCAUUGAUUGCCACCAUCCUGCUGUAUGCUGGGGUCGCACUCUUCUGUGGCUGUGGACAUGAAGCACUCUCAGGAACUGUCAACAUUCUGCAAACCUACUUUGAGAUGGCAAGAGCUGCUGGGGACAUUAUUGAUGUCUUUACCAUGAUUGACAUCUUCAAGUAUGUGAUCUAUGGCAUAGCAGCUGCAUUCUUUGUCUACGGCAUUUUGCUGAUGGUGGAGGGAUUCUUUACGACUGGUGCCAUCAAGGAUCUCUAUGGAGAUUUCAAAAUCACCACCUGCGGCAGAUGUGUCAGUGCCUGGUUUAUUAUGCUGACAUACAUCUUCAUGCUGGCCUGGCUAGGGGUCACAGCUUUCACCUCUCUGCCUGUUUACAUGUACUUCAAUCUGUGGACCGUUUGCCGAAAUACCACCUUAGUGGAAGGGGCUAAUCUCUGCUUGGACCUUCGUCAGUUUGGAAUUGUAACUAUUGGAGAGGAAAAGAAGAUUUGCACCAUGUCUGAAAAUUUCCUGAGGAUGUGUGAAUCUACUGAGCUAAACAUGACAUUCCAUUUGUUCAUUGUGGCACUUGCUGGAGCUGGAGCAGCAGUCAUUGCUAUGGUUCAUUAUCUCAUGGUUCUGUCUGCUAACUGGGCCUAUGUGAAAGAUGCGUGCAGAAUGCAAAAGUAUGAGGAUAUUAAGUCAAAGGAGGAGCAAGAGCUUCAUGAUAUUCAUUCUACCCGCUCUAAAGAGCGGCUCAAUGCAUACACAUAA